AUGCCCGCAAAGUCGCGUUUCACGAGGCUAGAUGCCUUCGCCAAGACUGUUGAAGAUGCGCGCAUUCGCACCAACUCCGGUGGUAUCAUUACUAUUGUAUCGCUGUUGGUUGUCAUGUGGCUGGUUUGGGGAGAAUGGUUGGACUAUCGUCGAGUGGUCGUCCAGCCAGAGCUGAUUGUGGAUAAAUCAAGAGGAGAACGAAUGGAAAUCCAUUUGAACAUGACUUUCCCGCGACUUCCCUGCGAGCUCCUGACCCUGGAUGUUAUGGACGUGUCAGGCGAGAUGCAAGUUGGCGUAGCUCACGGUGUGAACAAAGUCCGCCUUGCUCCUGCGGCAGAGGGGGGGCGUGUGAUCAACAUUCAAGCUCUUGACCUGCACUCCCCAGCAGAUGCCGCCGCUCAUCUGGAUCCCGAUUACUGUGGUGAUUGCUACGGCGCCGAUGCGCCUCCCAAUGCGAUCAAAGCUGGCUGCUGCAGUACCUGUGACGAGGUACGGGAGGCGUACGCCAACAAACAGUGGGCCUUUGGUAUCGGUGAGAAUGUGGAACAAUGCAAGCGUGAGGGCUAUGGCGAGAAGCUCCUAGCCCAACGGCGCGAAGGCUGCCGAGUCGAGGGUGUCCUCCGAGUCAACAAGGUGGUGGGUAACUUCCAUAUUGCGCCCGGCCGCAGUUACACCAGCGGCAACAUGCAUGCCCACGACAUGGACAACUACUUUAUGCGCGAUUCACCCUCAUCAGAGCAACACACAAUGACGCACGAGAUCCACGAGCUUCGCUUCGGCCCUCAAUUGCCCGCCGAGCUUGCAGACCGUUGGCAGUGGACCGACCACCAUCACACGAAUCCUUUGGACGAUACCAAGCAGGCCACCGACGAGCCUGCGUUCAACUUCAUGUAUUUCAUCAAGGUGGUGUCGACUUCGUAUCUGCCACUAGGCUGGGACCCGAACUUCUCCUCGGCCAUUCACAGUGCUUACGACAAGGCGCCUCUCGGCUCGCACGGUCUCGCAUAUGGCUCGCAGGGCAGUAUUGAAGCCCACCAGUACUCGGUCACCUCGCACAAGCGCCCUCUCGUGGGUGGCGACGAUGCAGCAGAGGGCCACAAGGAGCGUAUGCACGCCUCUGGUGGCAUUCCCGGAGUUUUCUUCAACUAUGACAUUUCUCCAAUGAAGGUCAUUAACCGUGAAACGCAGCCCAAGUCAUUCACUGGCUUCUUGACCGGUGUCUGUGCUAUCAUCGGAGGUACCUUGACUGUGGCCGCCGCCGUGGAUCGCGGCCUUUACGAAGGCAGCAUGCGCAUCAAGAAGUUGCAUUCCAGCUAA